AUGAAAAUUAUAACAAUAUUUUAUAUAUUAAGUGUAAUUAAUGCAAAUUCAAAUUAUACAAAGUUUGAUCAUUCUCAAUUAGAUUCAAACUCAGUCUUGGAACAAUUUGAUUAUAAUUCAUUAAAAGAUUCUCCUUGGAAAGUUUCAAAUGCUAAAAAAUUUGAUCAAGGUAGAGAUGAAAUCGUACGGUAUACUGGUAAAUGGUCAAUUGAACCUUCUUAUAAAUAUCCUGCUUUUAUUAAUGAUAAAGGUUUAGUUAUGAAAUCAAAAGCAAAUCAUUAUUCAAUAUCGUAUAAAUUACCAAAUACAAUAAAUAAUAUUAAUCAAGAUCUUGUUUUACAAUAUGAAGUAAAACUACAAAAUGGUUUUGAUUGUUCAGGUGCUUAUAUCAAAUUACUCGAUGAAAGUCCCUUAGGAUAUUUAUCUUUUAGUUCUGAAACUCCUUAUCAGAUAAUGUUUGGUCCUGAUAAAUGUGGUAGUGAAAAUAAAGUCCACUUAAUAUUUCGGAAAUUACUUCCAAAUGGAUUAAUUGAAGAAAAACAUUUAAAACAAAAUCCAAUGGCAAGAAUAAAUGAUUUAACAAAUUUAUAUACAUUAAUUGUGAGGAAAAAUUCUGAUUUUGAAAUUAGAAUUAAUGGUGAAGUUGCAAAAGCAGGUAAUUUGAUAAAAAAUUCAAAUUUAUUUAAUCCACCAAUUUUCCCUCCUACUGAGAUUAUUGAUGAAAAUGAUGAAAAACCUUUAGAUUGGGAUGAUAAAUUAUAUAUAGCUGAUCCAAAUUCAAAGAAACCUAUUGAUUAUGAUGAUAAAUAUGCAUAUCCAACAAUACCAGAUCCCAAUGCAGAAAAACCUGAUGAAUGGAAUGAGUCUGAGCCAAUAUACAUACAAGAUCCAAAGUCAGAUGAUCAAUUAAUAGUUAAUCCGAAAUGUGAGCAUGGUUGUGGACCUUGGUCACCUCCAAGAAUACCAAAUAAAGAUUACAAAGGUCCAUGGUUUCCAGAGCAGAUACUUAAUCCAAAUUAUAAAGGAGUUUGGGAACCGCGAAAGAUAAAAAAUCCAGAUUAUUAUGAAAAUGAUCAUCCAGGUCAAUUAGAUAAGCCAAUUGGUGGUAUCGGAUUUGAAUUAUGGACAAUGGAUUCAGGAAUAUUAUUUGAUAAUAUAUAUUUAGGUAAUUCAAAUGAAGAAGCAGAAUUAAUAGGUAAUCAAACAUUUAAAAUUAAACAAGAAUUGGAAAAUGAAAAUAGAAGAAACAAUCGUCCAAAAAUCAAACAUGAACCAGUACCACCACCAAUUAAUUUUGAUGAAAUGAUAGAACAUGGACAUUAUUUUCAAUUUUGGUCAAAUCAAUAUGUGGAUUUUAAAGAUUUUUGGUAUCAAUUUUUAAGAAAUCCAUUUAAAGCAGUUACUAAAUCACCUAUUAAAAGUUUAAUUUAUAGUUCAAUUUUUAUGAUAUCAUUUACAAUUUGUUGUGGAUUUGGUAAUGUAUUAUUAUUUUUAUUUCAUAGUGGUGGUUCAUCAAACGAUAUUGGUGAAGAUGAAGAAGUAGACAAGGAAAUAAUUGAAGAAGAAGACAAGGAAGUUAUUAUUAAAGAAGAUGUCGAAAUUGUCAAUAGGUGUCAAUAAAUAUCAAUUUUGUGUCACAUUUCUCCAAUUUUCGCGUUAUCGUUCGUCCCCUUUUUUUUAUUUUGGCUACAAGGUUGAUGUCAGAAAGAACUCCAUUAUUGAAUAACAACAAGAGCUCAAGAAAGAAAGUGUGGUUCAUACUUACCGGAUUAUUAUCAAUUGUAUCUGUAACAAUUUUAUUUGCUAAAAAUAAACCUCAGUUGCUUUCAAAUGAUUAUCAAUUUGGGCCUACAUUAAGUUUGCGAUUAUAUACAAAUAAUAUUCGUUUUGAUAAUAGAAAUUAUCGUGAUAAACAUGAAAGAUUAUGGGAAAAACGUAAAAUACAAAGUAUAAAUUCAAUGGAAUUUAAUACACUAUUAGGUCAUGCUAAUAUCAUCUGUUUACAAGAAGUUUUACAUAAUCAAUUAGUUGAUAUACUUGAAGGUUUAAAUUCUAAUGAUAAUAAUGAAUGGACAUAUUAUGGAGUUGGUAGAACUGAUGGUAUUGAUAAAGGAGAAUUUGCUCCAAUUUUAUUUAAAUCAAAAGAUUUUCUAAUUUUAGAAAAUACAACAUUUUGGUUAAGUGAAAUGCCUGAAUUUCCAAGUAAAGGUUGGGAUGCAGCAUUAGAAAGAAUUGUUACAUUAGUAACUUUUCAAAGUAAAGUAAAUCCAUUAAUUAAGUUUAAUAUUUUUAAUACUCAUUAUGAUCAUAGAGGUAAAUUAGCAAGAAGACAGUCUUCAAAAUUAAUUGUGGAUAAAAUGAAGAAUUAUAAUGAUUAUCCAUCAUUUCUUUGUGGAGAUUUUAAUACUGAACCAAAAGAUGAACCUUAUCAUAUAUUAACAAAUGCUGGGUUUAAAGAUAGUAGGGCAUUAAUUGAUUAUGAGUUUUCAUAUGGGUAUGAAAGUACAUUCACUGGAUUUGAUAGAGAAAAUGAGCCAUUUUCAAUUAUUGAUUAUAUAUGGUCACCAUAUUUUACAAAACAAAAUAAUUUAGCUACUACUUUCGAAAUGAACAAUUAUUAUAAUUUGGAUCAUCAUGAUUAUUACGAUAUUGUUUUAAAACAAUUUGGAAUCUUGGGGAAUUGGUUUAAAGGGUUUUAUUUCUCAGAUCAUCGUCCUGUUGUUGCAACUUAUGAAUUAAGAAGAACCAAACUUAUAUAG